CACUAAGGGCACGGAUAGCUAAUCACUACUUUGCCACGACACAGCAUCCCGUCCUCUAUAAGGUACUAGCUUGAUUCAAUAUCAAAAGGUACGCGUGUCGCGAAAACAUCUUACCUUCUUCUUACGGAGGAAGCAUAUGUAACUCUGUACGGACAAUGAAUGGGCUACAGAACGAAAGACGAACCGUUGGAAUCGAGUCCCAGCGACGCCUGCGUCCUUUUUCGCCCAAUGCAUCUUGGAAAUGUCUUCUCAAUGUGCCACUACAUGUUUCGAGUCUUCAAAUUUAUCGUCUAUCUACGUUAUACUGUCACUCACUUUGUCUUUUUUCUCUUCUUUUUCUUUAGCGUGACCUUUUCCCCUGAGGCACUUCGUCGCCCUCCUAUCGCCCUGUCCUUGUCCUUGUCGUCCCACUCUGCAGCGGUGUCCGCCUCGCCUCGCUUCGAGUAUCUAUGUAUACCUCCUACUUCGUACCUAUCUUACGAAUCAGGGGUACGGAGUACGGAGUACAGAUCACCUCCGUCCAUCACUUUGUAAGGUACACAACGUAAUAAGGUACCUACCGACGGACCU